ACGUUAGGCGCUCUAGCUGCUCCCCAGAGCGCAGGGGAGUUGGCGAUCACAGUGACCAUGGCGCGCGCUCUGGCGGAUCUAGCCGUGGAUUUGCAGGUGCCCCGGGUCGUCCCCUGCCCGGAUUCGGACUCGGAUACAGACUCGGAGGAUCCGAGUCUCCGGCGCAGCGCGGGUGGCUUGCACCGAUCACAGGUCAUCCACAGCGGACACUUCAUGGUGUCCUCGCCGCAUAGCGACUCGCUGACCCGGCGACGCGACCAGGAGGGACCCAUGGGGGUCUCCGACUUCGGGCCGCGCAGCAUCGAUCCGACACUCACCCGCCUCUUCGAGUGCUUGAGCCUGGCUUACAGUGGCAAACUGGUUUCUCCCAAGUGGAAGAACUUCAAAGGCCUCAAAUUGCUGUGCCGGGACAAGAUCCGCCUCAACAACGCCAUCUGGAGGGCCUGGUACAUUCAGUAUGUGCAGCGGAGGAAGAGCCCAGUGUGUGGCUUCGUGACCCCUCUGCAGGGGUCGGAAGCAGAUGAGCACCGGAAACCCGAGGCUGUCGUCCUGGAGGGGAAUUACUGGAAGCGGCGCAUCGAGGUGGUGAUGCGCGAAUACCACAAGUGGCGGAUCUACUACAAGAAGCGGCUCCGUAAGUCCAGCAGGGAAGGGGAUCUCCUGGCUCCCAAGCAGGUGGAAGGUGGGUGGCCGCCACCAGAGCGAUGGUGCGAACAGCUCUUCUCCAGUGUGGUGCCCGUGCUGCUUGGGGGCUCCGAGGAGGAGCCUGGGGGUCGACAGCUCCUGGACCUCGACUGCUUCCUGUCGGAUAUAUCCGAUACACUCUUCACCAUGACACAGCCCAGCCCCUCAUCCCUUCAGCUGCCCCCAGAAGACGCUUAUGUUGGCAAUGCUGACAUGAUCCAGCCAGACCUGACGCCGCUGCAGCCCAGCCUGGAUGACUUCAUGGAGAUAUCAGGUGGGACAGGUCCUUCCCCAGGAGGCAGGAUGGACCAAAAGGAUUUCUUCACCAAUUACCGCCCCCCGCAGACGCCCACAUCUUCAAACUUCCUGGAGCCCCCCAGCGUUGGCCCCAUGGCCGACUCCCUCUUCAGCAGUGGGAUCCUGGGCCCAGAGAUGCCAUCUCCAGCCUCCUUGUCCUCCUCCUCGGGGAUGACCCCUCUCUCAGGGACUACCCGCCUACAGGCUCGGAACAGCUGCCCUGGACCCUUGGACCCCAGUACCUUUUUGAGCUCUGACUUCCUUCUUCCUGAAGACCCAAAGACCAAGAUCCCACCUGCUCCUGUACCGACUCCCCUCCUUCCAUACCCCACCCCUGCCAAGGCACAGGGCUUAGAGCCCUGCACGCCACCUCCCUUCCCUACAAUGGCUCCGCCCCCCGCUCUGUUGCCGGAAGAGCCCCUCUUCUCCGCCAGGUUCCCCUUCACCACAGUCCCUCCUGCUCCAGGAGUGCCUCCACUUCCUGCCCCCACCACCUUCGUUCCCACCCCACAGCCUGGCCCUGCCCCUUUCCCUGUAGACCAUCUGCCCCACGGGUACCCAGAACCUGUCUUCAGGCCUCACUUCGCCGUGCCCCAGGACAUGCAGCCCCGAUGCAAGCCCUCCGUCCCAUCCCCUGGUGGACCGAAAGCCAGUCCCCCUACCUUGGCCCCUACCACUGCCAGCCCCACCGCCACUGCCCGAGACAACAACCCUUGCCUUACCCAGCUUCUCAGGGCAGCCAAGCCUGAGCAAGCACUGGACCCUCCAACUGUGCCCAGCACCCUCCUGCGGCCCUCAGAGUCCCCGCAGGACACAGUCUCUGAGCUCCCCCGUGUCCGUGCCUUCUUCCCCCCAAUCCCGGCCCCUACACCACCUCAGCCACCUCCAUGCCCAGCCACAUUGGCCCCUCCCAGGUCCCUGAUUGUCCCCAAAGCGGAGCGGCUCUCACCCCCAGCGCCCAGCGGCAGUGAGCGGCGAUUAUCAGGGGAUCACAGCUCCAUACCACCCACGGGGGCACUGAGUGUCCACCUGUCUUCCCCUCAACCUAUCCUAAGCCGGGGUCGUGUAGACAACAACAAGAUGGAGAACCGACGCAUCACACACAUCUCCGCGGAACAGAAGAGGCGUUUCAAUAUCAAGCUAGGAUUCGACACCCUUCAUGGACUUGUGAGCACGCUCAGUGCCCAGCCCAGCCUCAAGGUGAGCCCCCAGCCAGAGGUGCACACUCCCUUAGAGUCGUGGAGCCCCUCCUUGGACCAACACCCAACACCAGAUCCCAGGGCCUGCCAGCACGGAGGCCCACACUGGUGGCGCUCGCAGGUGAGCAAAGCGACCACGCUGCAGAAGACGGCCGAGUACAUCCUGAUGCUGCAGCAGGAGCGGGCGGCCAUGCAGGAGGAGGCGCAGCAGCUGCGGGAUGAGAUAGAGGAGCUCAAUGCUGCCAUCAACUUGUGCCAGCAGCAGCUACCAGCCACUGGGGUGCCCAUCACGCAUCAGCGCUUUGACCAGAUGCGGGACAUGUUCGAUGACUAUGUCCGGACCCGGACACUGCACAACUGGAAGUUCUGGGUCUUCAGUAUCCUCAUCCGGCCUUUGUUUGAAUCCUUCAAUGGCAUGGUGUCUACCGCAAGCUUGCACAGCCUCCGCCAGACCUCGUUGGCUUGGCUGGACCAGUACUGUUCCCUGCCUGCUCUCCGACCAACUGUUCUGAAUUCCCUUCGCCAGCUCAGCACAUCUACCAGCAUCUUGACCGACCCGAGCCGUGUACCUGAGCAAGCCACCCGGGCAGUCACAGAGGGCACCCUGGGCAGACCGUUCUAAUCCCAGUGAAGGCUUCCAAGCUCCAGGGACAACUCGUGGGCACUCCCCUCUUGAUCCUGGCCGGCCCUUUCCCUGAGAGUCUAGCCGGCUCCUGGUUUUUCACUUAGCCAUCUCCUGGGGAUGGAGAAGAACCUGGUUCCCACCCCUGCACUAUACCAAUGCCCGACCCCCGGUGACUCAUACUCCAUCUUUGGACCUCCAUUUAAUAACAGAGGACCCCAAAGGCAUUAGCAACUGUGACACUGGGGACCUAGGCCACUCGGGGAGCUCUGAGGAGAGAUGAGGUCAAGCUACGUCCUCAUGACUCCCUGCGCUGGGCAGAGGGCAUCGCCCUUGGUUCCUCAGUAGGGAGGCAGAACAGGAGAUCUGCUCUCUUUGCCCCGGCACUGGUGACAUGGAGCGGGCACUGCAGAGCGGCUUCCUGGGGGGCCGCUGAGGUCUGGUGUCGGGAGAGAUCAGGGCAAGGGGCGGCCGGAGCAGGGCAGGCAUCUUGCACGUAUGUAGAUGUGUGUGUGCGUAUGUGGAUUUUAUAAACACAUUCUUGAACAAUAAAAGAAAAACUGCAAGGG